UCUCAUCCCAAUGUGCGGCUCGUUUUCCGAAAGGGGUCCGACGGACCGUGAGUCUCCCGAGACUCGACCCAACAAAAAUCAUCUCCGUAGCCAUUCCCCUGCAAAAAUCAUCUCGUUCCUGUGUGUGUCUACGUAUGGGUGGGUGUGGAGUGAGAAGAUGAUCCGCCGGUCCGAUGGUCCGCCGGUGGACAGAUAAGGAUGGACGACUGCCUGGAAUAAGGAAGGCCCUCUAGACGAGUGAAUUCAUGUAGAGAAUUGCUCUAUGAGAAAGAAAAUCACGAAAUGAACUUGACGUCGGCGUAGUGAUGAUAAAAUAAUCUAAGGUUGAUGAUGCCAGGCACUGAUACGAUAUUUCGAAUAUCGCUUUUAACACUAAUUGAAUAAAAAACAACAAUAUUGUUAACACACAUACAUGGCAUAUAUUUAUAAAUAUUUAACAGAACGUUGACGUCACAUAUCGAAGUUUAUGUUUUUGACGGUUGUUUCUUAUCGUCAGUAGAAAAUUAACUUUGCUGGUGCACCAAUAAAUAAUCUAUAAAAUACACCUACAUAACACCAUAAUCGUGUCCAAUAUAACUGUUUAUUCAAACAUUAAAAUAUCAUUUUACGAAAUGAGUCAUUUAGGUUUAUACCUCCAGUAUGAAUUAAUAAUGAUUUACCGGUACGAAGGAUAUUGCUUUUCGGCAGAAAUAAUUAAAAUAACAUCAUUUCCAGACGAAUUUGGCUAAUGCGUAACAACUGAUGAAUGCCGUUAGUUUAGUGCAGAAUCUUUAAUCGUGUGAAGAUGAGAGGACUGGCAACAAGUCUGAUUCUGAGUGUGUUUGCACUGUCUGUUUAUUCAAGGCACACUAAGUAUAAUGGGUGCCCGAUAUAUUUUGAUUUAAAAAUGGAGGAGAGGGCACCCGUGUUUCUAACAUCUUCAGCUGGUGAACUGGAAUUAGCACAACCUUCAAGAGGGCAAAUUCGUUACAAAGAAGGGGAAGACGUUUAUAUGGCUUGUCCUGGGCCCAAGAAUACUUUUACAAAUUUUUCCCAUAAUGAGACGAAAGCUAAUUGUCAAAGGGAUGGGACAUUAGAAAUAGGAUCAAAAGCUGUUUCUAUAGACGAUUUACUGUGCAAGAAAUCAUCUAAAGCAGAAGUUUCUCUAACUUCAAAAAACUGUGGAAAAGGUGGCCGCAUGUCUUCAAUUGGUUAUUACGUUUUUAAGAAAUGGUUAGGAGUGAUAAAUAUAUGCUACAAUGGACAAGAAGGUUUAACGGAGUUUAGCCAACAUUACCUCUUUGGAAACGAAAUUAACUAUGCUUCCAAAACAAAUCGUCGGCCUUCCUUUAACGCUGCCGGUUUAACGAAAGAUGUUCCUGCAGAUGUGGUCUACAAAAAAGCUUACCAAAAAUCCCGUUUCAACCAAUUACUAAAAUCAGCAAAAAUAGCUUCGAAAUACAUAACCGACAAAGAAUAUUUGGUGCGAGGUCAUCUGGCUCCAGAUGCAGAUUUUCUUCUGUCAAGUAGCCAAUUUUCCACGUAUUUUUAUCUGAAUGUCGCCCCACAGUGGACUUCCAUUAAUAACGGUAACUGGAAGAGGGUUGAGAAUACUGUUAGAAAAGCCGCAGCUGCUCAAGGUACCACAUUUAGUAUCAUUACUGGUACCCAUGGAGCGUUGCGACUGGAGCAAACCAAUAUAACUUUGUACAAAAAUAAGAUUCCCGUUCCAGAGUAUAUGUACAAAGUUGUUUAUAAUGAAGAAUCUAAAAAGGCAAUAGUUUUUGUUGUUAUAAAUAAUCCAUUCAUAAAUCAUGUAGCGAAGAAUGACUUGCUUUGUGAUAAUAUUUGUGCUGUUACCGGUUGGAAUGAUAAACAAUGGGAUAAUAUAAAGAGAGGAUAUGUCAUUUGUUGUGAAUUCAAAGAUUUUCAACGAAAAGUUUCUGGUGUUACUCCAUUGCAUGUAACAGGUAUUCUUCAAAAAUGAAUGUAACACUUUAAUAAUCUUUAACUAUCAUUAUUUUUGUAUUAUUAUUUGUGAUAGAAAAUAAAUUCUCUCUCAUAAUUUAUUAUUAAAUGUUAAAGUUUAUGGAUGUAUAUAGUUUAUUAUAUAAUUUUAUAAUAGUUGAUUUAAUAAAUAAAUUUGGUGUAUUCAAUUA